ACUCCUUUUGUUCCGUAAUCAUUUCGGAGGCCGAGGACACGGUGCAGUGCUACAUUGUACAUUGCACGCGCCGUACGUAUAUCUUUGCACGUACGGAAAUUUCUUUGUCCUGUAAAAUGUCGAGAUGAGAAAUCAACAUUCCUAAUUUCGUCGGAUUUUUAAGCCAAAGAGGGAGCAACACAUUGUCCGUAGACAUCAUGGAGCGUAAGGAAAAGGAAAAGGACAACGGUGGUAGCGGAGAUGAGGCAAAAAAGAGGAUAAGUCCGCAGUCUUCCGACGCUGGGAGUUCGGCAUCUGGGAGCAGCGGAUCGGGACCGAGUGUCACACUGGCGGCCAACGGUGGUGGCGGCGGCGGCUCGGGCGGACAUAGCCACUCCAUCUCGCACGGAAUGCAUAGCCAUGGCCAUGGCCACGGCCACAGUCAGGGUUCGGGAUCACAUGUACAGAAAACCUUCAAAAUAGCCCCAGGAAUGCACGAUGCUCCCCGAAGACAGAGCAAGAGGAAGCGGGCAAAGGUCGAGUAUCGGGAGAUGGAUGAAAAGCUGGCCAAUCUUUCGGAAGACGAGUACUUCUCAGAGGAAGAGAGACAACUCAAGAAAGAAAAAGUCACAAAACCAGCAGAAGAUGAGCCAGAGGAAAGUGAUUUGGAAGAACCCAAAGGUCUUGAUGGAGCAGCCUUUUCAGCACGUCUUCCCAGCGAUAAGAUGACAGCUCAGGAAGCAGCCUGCUUUCCUGAUAUCAUUCAGAGUCCAGCGCAGACACAGAAACUGUUCCUGUACAUCCGUAACAGACUGCUCCAACUGUGGUUUGAGAAUCCCAAGCUUCAGUUGAUAUUUGAGAAUGCACUGCCGCAGAUUGAAGCUCCGUACAACAGCGAUGUCCAACUGGUGAUGCGUGUCCAUGCUUACCUGGAGCGCCACGGACUGAUCAACUUCGGCAUCUACAAGCGCCUGAAGCCCCUCCCCACCAAGACCCUGGGCAAAGUGCUGAUCGUCGGUGCCGGCAUCUCGGGUCUGGCCGCAGCCUCCCAACUCCAGACCUUCGGCAUGGACGUGACCAUCCUGGAGGCCCGGGACCGCGUCGGGGGCCGCGUCACCACCUACCGCAAGAACAACUACGUGGCCGACCUGGGGGCCAUGGUGGUGACGGGGCUGGGGGGCAACCCCAUGACCAUCGUCAGCAAGCAGGUCAACAUGGAGCUGACCAAAAUUAAGCAGAAGUGUCCCCUGUUUGAGAGUGGAGGUCAAACGGUAUGGACGAUACCAAAAGACAAAGAUGAGAUGGUGGAGAGAGAGUUCAACCGUCUUCUGGAGGCUACGUCCUUCAUGUCUCAUCAACUCGACUUCAACUUCAUCCACGGCAAGCCGGUGUCGCUGGGCCAAGCGUUGGAACUUGUCAUCAAACUUCAAGAAAAACAGGUGAAAGAGAAGAAGAGCGAUUACUUGAGGACGGUCAUCGGUCUACAGGAACAGACUAAAGAAAACCAAGCUAAGCUGUUGGUACUACAAGACAAGAUCAAGGAACUUCACAAGCAGUACAAGGAGGUGUCAGAGAGCAAGACGCCCAGAGACAUCACCGCAGAGUUCUUAGUACGCAGCAAGAUGAGAGACCUGAAUGCUGCCCUAAAGGACUAUGAUGUACUGGUGUUCAAUCAGAAAGAAGUGGAUGAGAAAAUGCAAGAGCUGGAGAACAAUCCACCGAGUGAUGUCUACCUCUCGUCACGUGACCGUCAGAUCCUAGACUGGCACUUUGCCAACCUGGAGUUUGCCAACGCCACGCCCCUCUCCACCCUCUCCCUCAAGCACUGGGACCAGGACGACGACUUUGAGUUCACCGGUAGCCACUUGACUGUCCGGAAUGGCUACUCCUGCGUCCCCAUCGCCCUGUCCGAGGGACUGGACAUCAAGUUGAAUACGAUCGUCCGACAGAUUAAAACCAGCAACACAGGAGUGGAAGUCGUGACCCAGAGUGCCAAAGGUCAAAGUGGCACCUACACCUACAAGGCCGACGCGGUGGUGUGCACCCUGCCCCUGGGGGUGCUGAAGCAAUCCCCACCGGUGGUGCAGUUUGUGCCGCCCCUUCCGGAAUGGAAGACCAGCGCCAUACACCGCAUGGGCUACGGCAACCUCAACAAGGUGGUGCUGUGUUUUGACAAGGCGUUCUGGGACCCCUCGGUUAAUCUCUUUGGCCACGUCGGCAGCACCACGGCCAGCCGCGGCGAGCUCUUCCUAUUCUGGAACCUGUACAAGGCGCCGGUACUCCUGGCUCUGGUCGCCGGGGAAGCUGCGCAGAUCAUGGAGAACGUCAGCGACGAUGUCAUCGUUGGCCGGUGUCUGUCGGUGCUCAAGGGAAUCUUUGGUGCAUCCACAGUUCCACAGCCCAAGGAAGCAGUGGUAACCCGCUGGCGUGCAGACCCCUGGUCCCGAGGGUCCUACUCCUACGUGGCCGCGGGCUCGUCCGGAAACGACUACGACCUGAUGGCCACCCCCAUCACGCCCACCCCGGUGGUCCAGGGCGCGCCCCCUCAGCCCAACAACAUGCCCCGCCUGUUCUUUGCCGGCGAGCACACGAUCCGAAACUACCCGGCCACUGUGCACGGCGCCCUCUUGAGUGGGCUGCGGGAGGCCGGCCGCAUCGCAGACCAGUUCCUUGGCUCGCCCUACGCCCCUCCGAGGCAGGUUCCCCCCAUGGCUCAUCAGUCAUCGUAGACCCACAUCAUGUUGGAGCAUUUCUACGGUCACAAAUUCUUGGGCUAACUUUGUGGACUGUUUAGCUCAAGACUUUCAUAAGAACAUCAAAUAUUUGCCAAGCAAAAAACAGGUUUUACUAGCUGGAAAUUCUUGGGCUAACUUCUCGGACUGUUUAGCUCAAGACUUUCCUAAGAACAUCAAAUAUUUGCCAAGCAAAAACAGGUUU